AUGGGCCAGCAGGUCACAAAGGAGCAAGGCUCGCCCUCCAGCCACGGACGCUCGUCGUCGGGCCAGCUGCACGGCCAUAGCCACGGCCACGGGGCGCCCCCCUCGUCGUCAGUUUCCGGCCUCGCCGCCGCAUCGAGCUCGACGUCGGCUGCACCCGCGUCGCCGCCACCGCUGCCGCCCCACCUGAGCGACUCGGUGCAGGUCGACAAGGGCGGCCUGGUGCCGCAGGGCGUCUACACGGGCCCGCAGGACUACGACCAGCACGUCGUCAGGCAGGCUGUCGUCGAUCGCCGCCUGGCGCCCUUCUGCAAGGGCUCCGACGACGAGGACACGUACGAGUCCGAGCCCUUCAACAGCGAGUGCCCCAUCUGCUUCCUCUACUACCCUUCGCCGCUCAACUUCUCCCGCUGCUGCCACCAGCCCAUCUGCACCGAGUGCUUUGUCCAGAUGAAGCGGGCCGACCCGAACGCCACCAACCCGCCGUCGUCCGAGGCACGCUCGUGCCCCUUUUGCGUCGAGCCCGACUUUGGCGUCACCUACACGUCGCCCAGCGCCCUCGAGGCCCAAAAGGUCGGCCCCUCUUCCGCCGCCGCCACCGCCGCCGCCGGCAGUCCGGGCUCCGGCUCAUCCUCUGGAUCCGACUCGCCCAACGACGCCAGCGACGCCGCCAACUUUGCCGAGAGGGCCAUCGGCACCGGCGGGGCGGCGGGGAGCAAGGGCUCUGGCAAGAAAAAGGUGCUCCCCGUCGACGACCCGGCCGUCAUCACCGUCGACCAGGUGCGGCCGGACUGGCACGUCAAGCUGGCCCAGGCCCAGGCCACGAUCGCUCGCCGGGCCAACCGCCGAGUCAUUAUGCGCCAGGUCGGAGACCGGCUGAUCCCGAUCGGCAUCUCGUCUUCGCGGGCGGGCGCCGAUCUGGCCGCCGCCGCAGAGGACGGCCGCAUCAACAUGCACGGUCCCGGCGGCAGCAUCAUCCUGCAGGAUCGACCCGGCUGGCCCGGGCUGGGCGGCACCAUGAUGGGCAGCGGGCGGAGGCGAGGGCGCGGCAGCCGGAGCGAAGGGCCCAACACGGACCUUGCGCGUCUGAUGCGGCUGACGAGCGGCGAGGAGAUGGAGGAGAUGAUGCUGAUGGAGGCCAUGCGGCUCAGCCUCGUCGAGCACGAGGAGCAGCAGAAGCGCGAGGCAGAGGCCGCCAAGAAGCAGCGGGCCGCCGAGGCUCAGCAAGGAUCCUCGCCAGCGCCCGCGAGCGAGGCGACCGCGUCGGGAUCAACGGCAAAUGCUGCCAGCUCGGGACGACAGCACGGGUCCGCACAGGCCCCUCCGGCGCCUCUGGCGGGCACGACGGUCCAGUCGAGAACGAGUCCUGUGGCCUCUGCAUCCACCGAGGCACCGGUCCGUGCGCCUCCGCAGCCACAGGUCCCGGCGGUGUCGGCAGCUGGCCUGGGUCUAUCGCCAACGACGAUGGCCGACUUGAGCGAGCUGAUCGAGGGCGCGGCGCCGCCUCCGCGCACGUCGUCCAACGCUCGAUCCGCUCCGAAUACGACGGUGACAGCAGCAGGAUCGACGACCGCCGUUGCGCCGUCCGGAUCGGCCUCGCCCGCUGCGCCGGCGGGAUCGCGAGGGUCCGGGUCACCCCUGUCGUCGCCGCUGCGAGCGCCUAGGACCAACCUGCCGGCUCCCGAGCCGGUGCCUGUGCCGCAACCGGUGGCGGGGAUGGGAUCUGCGUGGAGCGAGGCCGAGGCGGCGAGGAACGCGCGGCAGAGCCUGGACAAGCAAGGUGUCCAAGUCUCGGCGGCCAACGGCUCGCGGCAGUCGUCGCCGUUUGGCAGCCCGUCGACGUCUGGGUUGGCGGGCGCGAGGGGAGUGAAUCCGAACAACCCGUUCAGAAGGAGUAUGGGCGAGAGUUCGUCCUGA